AUGAUUGCAUCGCCAUGUCCAUUUCGCGGAUCUUGUGCAACUUCCAGCGGUAUGGAUCUGUCCGACAAAAUAACUCCGCAUCUUGCUGUUACCUUGGAUAAAACGGUUAUCAAUGGACUAGAUUGGCAGAAAGAAUGCCUUAGCAUGACAUCCGUGUGUAGUGGAUCCAACCUGGUCUAUUGCUUGCCAACUAGUGGAGGUAAAACUCUCGUGGCCGAAGUACUGAUGCUACAAGAAUUGUUACUUCGCGGGAAGAAUGUUCUGUUUAUCCUUCCCUUUGUCUCUAUUGUGCAGGAAAAGCUGUUGUUGGGGAUGAACUUCAUAGACUGA